AGACGACUUUUGGAACGCCCGCUCACACCGCAUGGCGGAUUCUGUCGCCUGAGGAAGCGGAAAGCGGGAAGAGUAGCCGCAGGCCAUGAGCUGGUUCGGGGUGCCCUUCUGCGGCUACAGCUGUGAGUUCUCGCCCUUCCGCGGGAACCUGCUGGCCGUCGGCACUGGCCAGUACUUCGGCAUCGUGGGCAACGGCAAGCUGCACGUCCUGGACAUCGCGGCUCCAGGUGCUCCACCUGUGUGCGAGUGGCUCACCAACCAAGCGGUCUAUGAUGUGGCGUGGAGUGAGGCCAACGAGCACGUGCUCCUCACGGGUCAGGCAGAUGGCACUCUGAAGCUCUUCGACUGGACGAAUCCCUCGGGGCCCAUCAUGUCGUUGGAGGAGCACACCGCAGAGGUCUACGGGGUGGACUGGAACCUUAAUGAGAAGCACCUCAUCUCCUCCGCCGCCUGGGACCACAGCGUAAAGGUCUGGGAUGCCAUGCGUGGCGUCUGCCUUAGCACGUUCCGGGCGCAUCAGCAGCUGGCCUAUGCAGCGAUUUGGUCGCCUGCCAGGCCGGCGACGCUGGCCACCGUGGGCGGGGACGCGAUGCUGCACAUCCAGGAUCUCAGCGCAGGCGAGAGGCCUGUGCAGAGCAUUCAGGCUCAUCAGCAUGAGAUUCUCACCGUGGACUGGAACAAAUACAACGAGUUCAUGGUGGUGACAGGGAGCGUGGAUAAGACCAUCCGAACUUUCGACUUGCGGAAUUUCGGGCAGCCGCUCCAGAUUCUGCAUGGCCAUCAGUUGGCGGUGAAGCGAGUGAAGUGCCAUCCGUUCAACGAAACACAGAUUGUGUCGUGCUCCUAUGACACGGCUGUGAAUGUCUUCGACAUGGCAAUGGGCCAGAUGGUCCAGCACUUCGAUCAGCACACGGAGUUUACACUGGGCAUCGACUUGAGCCUCUUUGAGGAGAAUGUCAUCGCUAGCACCUCUUGGGACUGCACGGCCUGCGUGUGGAACAUGACUCAAGGUCCGCCACCUCCACCACCGCCAGCAAUCGUGAAGCGCAUGCCCCAGAAGCCCCAGUGAGCGAUGGGAGCCCUGUGCUCAUGGCAGGGCGUCGGAGAUCUUUCGCAUAUGCUUCCCCGCAUGUGAGUCAACAGC